CUUCCACUCCCCCGGUUGGCGGCAGGAGCCUUCAUCAGGCAGAGCGGGGGUUGGUCCGGUGAGUCCUAGGGGACUGAGCCCAGCAGCCCUGAAGGGGCCGCUGCAGCUGGGAGCUCCGGCUGGCCGCAUCCAGCACUCUCUCCUGCCUUCGUGAACUAAUUCAGGAAAAAUGUGGAUGUGGGCACUGUGGAUACUCCCUUUACUCUACAAAUUCAGCCUGACAGCUCUGCCAGCUAAGCCUGAAAACACUUCUUGCAUCUUAUACUAUAAGAAAAAUUUAACUUGCACUUGGAGUCCAGAGAAAGAAACCAGUUAUACCAAAUAUGUUGUUAAGAGAACUUACUCUUAUGGAAAUAAACGUGACAUUUGUAAAGCCAAUAGUUCGACAGGCACUUGGUGCUCUUUUUUCAGUCCAACGAUAACACCCCCAGAUUAUUUCACCAUUGAAGUGGAAGCUCAAAAUAAAGAUGGUAUAGUUACAUCUGAUAUCACACAUUGGACCUUAAAUUCCAUAGUGAAAAUGGAGCCACCCAAGAUUCUAUCUGUGAAACCAAUUUUGGGCUUCAAAAAAAUGAUGCAAAUAAAAUGGGAAUUGUAUGAUUCAUUAUUUUCAUCAUCUAAUUUGAAUUACGCACUUCGAUUCAGGACAGUAAAUAGCACCCACUGGGUGAAAGUCAACUUCCAGAGUGAUGACCUGGUCUACAACCUCAAAGGGCUUCAAGCUUUCACAGAAUACAUCGUAGCCAUGCAAUGUGUGGUCGAUGGGUCAUACUUUUGGAGUGACUGGAGCCAAGAAAAAAUGGGAAUAACUGAGGAAGAAGUUCCAAGUGGCCUGGAUCUGUGGAGAGUCCUGAGACCAGCUGAGGUAGAUGGAAGGAGGCCAGUACAGUUGCUCUGGAAGAAAGCAAGAGGAGCCCCAGUCCUGGAGAAGACAUUUGGCUACAUCAUAUCAUACUUUCCAGAAAACAACACUAACCUCACACAGACAAUUAAUACCACCACCCAGCAAUGUGAGCUGCAUCUAGGAGGCAAGACCUACUGGGUGUCCGUGGCUUCUUAUAAUUCUCUUGGGAAAUCUCCAGUAGCCACCAUGAGGAUUCCAGCUGUUGGUGAGAAGCCAUUUCAGUGCAUUGAGGCCAUGCGGGUCUUCCUUGUCCAAGACCUGCUGGUGGUGGAAUGGCAAAGCUCCGCUCCAGAGGUGGACACAUGGAUGGUUGAGUGGUUCCCAGAUUUGGACUUGGAGCCCUCUGACAUUUCCUGGGAAUCUGUGUCUCAGGCCAGGAACUGGACAAUCCCACAAGAUAAAUUAAAACCUUUUUGCCUCUAUAACAUCUCUGUGUAUCCACUGUUGCAAGACGAAGUGGGAGAGCCAUAUUCCAUCCCGGCUUAUGCUAAAGAAGGCAUUCCCAUUGAAGGUCCUGUGGCCAAGGCAGAAAAUAUUGGUGUGAAGACUGUUACAAUCACAUGGAAAGAGAUUCCCAAGAGCAAGAGAAAUGGUUUUAUCAGCAACUACACCAUAUUUUACCAAGCUGAAGGUGGAAAAGAAUUCUCCAAGACCGUCGACUCCAGCAUCCAGCAGUAUGAUCUGGAAUCUCUGACACGAAGGACCUCUUACACUGCUCGUGUCCUGGCUCGCACCAGAGCUGGGGAAAAAAAUGGGACCGAGAUAAAUUUCAAGACCUUGUCCCUCAGUGUCUUUGAGAUUGUCCUUAUAACUUCUCUGGUUGGAGGAGGACUUCUUAUAUUCACUGUCCUGACUGUGGCCUCUGGUCUCAAAAAACCAAUCAAGUUGUCUCACCUAUGUUGGCCUGAUAUCCCCAACCCUGCAAAAAGUAGUAUAGCCACGUGGAAUGGACAUGCCUGCAAGAAUAAGUCAAAUAUUAAGGAGUUUGAUGGUUCUGCGAACACAGAAGACAGCAUCCUAAAAUCAUAUUCUGCCCCCAGUGACCUCACUGACAAGUUGGUGGUGAAUUUUGAGAAUUUUUUGGAAGAGGUGUCCACAGAAGAAACCGAGAAGAGCCAGGAAAACAUUUUGGGAGGAGAAAAGAAUGAGUAUGUAACCUCCCCCAACAGGCCUGACUGUCCUCCGGGAAAGAGUCUUAAGGUUUUAACUGAGAUUCCUUCCGGAAAAUCCCAACUCUCAUAUUUAGGAAUGUCAGAAGAGAACUUUUCAGAAGCCGAGGAACAACUUCUCUCUUCUGGUGAAAGUUUAGAUCAAGGCUACUUCUGUGAGGAAGGAGCAUCAAAUCCGUAUUUAAAAAAUUCAGUGACAACCAGAGAAUUUCUUGUGCAUGAAAAACUUCCAGACCACACUAAGAAAGAAGUUUAAUGGUAGGAGACCCUCAGAGUCUCAGUGUGGAUGACCUUGGCCUAGAGAACAUAUCAAGACUUGCAAGAAGUGCGUCUUUGUCCCCCUCCCCAUUUUGCCUGGACUGAAAUUCCCCCUGCCCUGAGCUACUACUUGAGCUUGCCUGGCACAGGUGUGAACUUGUGCUGGGAAGAAAAAGGGACAUGGUCAGCCUGAGUGCUUUGUAGAGGAAAAUAAUUUCUUUUCUUUUGUUCAGAUAAUAAGCUCCACUUGAGGACUCCCUGACACAUUGACUAAAAAGGAAGGACCUAGGUUCUGAACUCAGAGGACCUCUCAGGUGGAUAUACUGGUCUCCCCAGGAAUUGAGUCAUGAUCACUGCCUUUGCCAGGGCUAUCCCUUAGAGUUCCUAGAGGACUGUGACAGAAGAUUGUUGUUUGGUUGGUGCUUGGUGCUUUGGUGGGAACCUGGGUUUUGCCCUCCCCAAGGUAGCCCUGAUACCUUACUCUUCUCAACAUAGGGGCCUGGAAAUGGAGUAGACUGUUCGAAUGGUGUGCCUGAGACUCCUUAGGGUCCUUACUAAAUCUUAACUGUGUAUGGCAACACCUCACCUAGGACUCUUCACCCUAGGUAGUUUUUUGUUUGUUUGUUUUUCUGUGAUGGUUUUUCAACCCAUGACCUCACACAUGCUAGGCAAGCACUCUUAUCACCAAACCACAUCCUAAACCCUUUACCCCUAGUUUAUAGCACAUUGACUGCUAAUACAUCAAGGGAUGAGGAAAGGUUCCAGGAGGACACAGGGCAUGGACUCUGGACUGGGCAGCAGGUCUGCCCCAGCCUGCAGUCCAUUUCCCAUCUUCUGCUGCCCUUCCAUCUUGCCUCCAGGCCUGUGAGUAAAAAGGCACCAAACGUUGCAGUGGCUUUUGUAUAGGAUUGCUGACCUCUCACACUGCUCAGAGCCCAGGAAUACUUGCUGAACACACCCUUGAAAGGCCUCUUCCCAGCAGGGGCUGAGUGGGGCCUGGAGACAUGCAAUGCUUAGCAACUUUGCUAUUCCAUCACGGGGACUUCUGCUCCUUUGCUCCAGCUAAGCACAGAGCUCGUGACAAGCAGUAGAGCCUUUGGUGAAAGUGCUGAUUCAGGAUUCACUUGGUGAGAACUUGGGAACUGUGGCCUGCAUGGUGGGGGAGGAGGGCAUGAUGGCCUGGGGAUACUGGGGUGGCCAGGCAAUGACUGAGCAGCUUGAGGACUGUGAACCCAGCGUUAUAGCCAGGAAAUCAGAUAGUAUUUUUUCUAAGAGAGUUCUAGAAAUCAGUACUUGGGUCACAGAUAUGAACUUCACAAGCUACCAACUUUACUUUCCUAUAACUAAAAUUAAUCUCUAGUGCAGGAUAUUUCAAAUCUGGUAGGCCAAUAUGGUGAUUUCUGAGUUCCUCUGAGUUUGUAAUUUGGUUACAGUUGGGACUUUGACCUUCCUGGUCCUCCCUGGGACUGAUACUGAGGGUGUUCAAUGGAGCAGCAUCUGUGGGGUGGGGUGGCCACCUGGUGGAGUCUUUUGAGGACAUGUAUAUUUCCAGCCAUGGUUUUGUUGCUGUUCUUAUGUUUGUGCCUGUAUCUCCACCUGUCCCUGUGGAGUCCCCUGCUACUCUCCUCAGCUGCAUCCUCACCAUGGGCACAGGAAGGUGUCGCUGCUCUCCCAACCCUCUCCCCCUCCUCAUUGUGUUCCAAGGAGAGUCCUCCUGAGGUCUCAGGUGGCUGCGGUCCCAGCCCCAAGACUCUUUGAGCCUAGUUUUCAGAACAGAGACUCCUGGUAAAUCUGUGAGGGAGGGAGCCCGAGGCAGGCAUGGAGGAAUGGGACUAUUAGACUCCAGCUUACCCCCUUGUCCCUUCAUCCUGCUUUCAAGCCUGGGAAGAGAAAGAGACCAAGUAAAAGGGGUACCCCAGAUCUAUAGCCACCUGCUCUCUCCUCCCCCAGCCCUACUGUGGCGGCUUGGGUGCUUUUGAACCUGCCCCCCUCUCCCGGGUUCUAGGUGGGCUCUCGUUCACCCCUGACUCAACACUGAGGGGGAGAUUCUUGCCUUGCUUCCUGUCAUGUCCUGAGGGGCAGAGAAGGCACAGGUACUCCUACAACUAUUUCUUCUUUCCCUUGACCCUCCUGCCCUCCUCUGGCUGGGGGAAUCCUCUGAAAUUUUGUGGGAGGCGGAAGGGGGUGGAGACCCUCAAAUCGGUCCUCCCCAUCUUGUCUCGUACCUGAUGAGGCUUUUGAACCUAAACAUCCAAGAGUUUGAUGGCUGGGGAGUGAGAAGCGCCCCAGAUGGCUCCAGUGACUGGAUUCCAAGAUGAAAAUAUGGCGCUCUGCCCCCACCUGCUUAAGUCACCGAAGCUGACUUGGUAGUCUGCAGAUGCCACCCAGCCCUUCCUGUUUCAUUUCUUCUUCCCUGUUCUCACUUCUUCUCCCAGAGCAUCUUUCCCCCUUCCUCUUUCUUCUCUUGUUGUUUCUUUCUUUUUUCUCUUCUCUCCUCUCUCCACUUCCCCGUUGCCUCCCUUCAUCAUUCGGCCUGUUUACUUUUGUCGCCUUCGAGGAGUGGGGACUGAGGCUCUGCUUCACUCCAGGUAGAAGCAAGGGGCCUCACUGGAGCCAGUUCAGGGGGUGCUUUUCAUAUCCAGGGGGCCACUCACUGAGCUCUCCAGGGCAGACUCAGGGCCAGGCCACCAAGCUCAGAAACCACGGGUGACUUCUUCUGGAUCAAGUCCCCAAGUGUCCCUACUCCCUACUCCCAGAAUUCUGGGCUGCUUCUGUGGCUAGAGAAAGGCCAUCUGUGUUUUCUCGGUUUACUGUCAAAGAGACAUUGUGAGGAUACCAACAAGAAGACUUGUGUUUCAGCAAAGUCAUUAAAAACAGACAAAAUUCCUAUUAAAAGAGUUUCCCAAGGUUCUGGAAACCCUGCAAAACAUUUGGGUUGAUGCCCAGUGAUGUCCUUUCUUUUACAAUGAUAGAAAAAAAAUGUAAAGUCAGAGAAACCACCUGUGGUAUUUAUUUAUGUUUCACAGGGAAGCCUUCCUUCUGGUCCCUUAGGAGGCAGCAAUGUGGAAACGCUGUGCGGGGCUUUUGGAAGAGGCAGGAGGGGGAAGAGAUGAGAAAGGAACCGCCCCAGCAUAGGUCCCUCUCAGGCCUGCUGCUCCUCCCUGUGGGCCGGGCUGUCCGGCCAUCUGGGGCUGACCUGUCCUCCUUUCCAGGAUGCCUUUAGUUACUACCACUGCUGCAGGCACAUUACAGCCCAGGGGGGCUCAAACCAUGGUCCUUGAGUCAAAUCCUGGUCUCGUUUAGGUAGGACUAUCAGUUAAUAAAGGUACUGGCAUUUUUAAAUGGUUGAAAACAAAAUCAAAGAAAGAAUAUUUUGUGAAGUGAAAAGCAUAUGAAAUUCAUGUUUCAUUGUCCAUCAAUAAAGCUUAAUUGGGACCCAGCCUCACCCAUCAUCGUUCCUAUGUCAUCUGUGACUGCUUCUCCCCAUCAAAGGCAGAUGGGACUUUGCUCCUGCAGCGCCUGUGACAUUUGCCAUCUGGUCCUUUGCAGAAAGCGUGCGGAUGCCUGCUGUAGCUCACACAUGUGAGGCUCCGGCUGCAUUAUGUUUUAACUUUGAAUUAGCUGCUAAUCUAAAAAAAUGUCAGGAUAUGUCAUUCUGGACCUCCAGCUGCAUAGGGAUUGGUCACUUUAGACAGGCACGCACGCUCCGGCUCCCCUGAGUCCUCAUCACUUCCUGCCUCCUGCCCACAGCUGAGGCGGAGAUUGGUGUCUGUUCUUCACUCUCACCAGAGGUCCUUAACCGUGAUUUUAGCCUCACAACCUCCACUCUUAGAAGUUGAACAAUUCCUGGAGAUAAUUUUGCUUGUCAGGAGUAGGAGGGUGCUACUGGCAUCUAGUGGAUAGAGGCCAGCAGUGCGGGUAAUCAUCCUACCACGCACACAGCAGUCCUCACGCUGAAGAAUGAUUGGGACCCACGUGACAGCAGUGCCCAGGCUGAGAAAGCUUGGCCUGCCUGACCUCUGCCUUUGAGACCCACAGGCUUCUCCUUGGUGCCACUCAAGCAUCCACAGAUAGCUCUAGAUCUCUCCCCAACUCCCCCUUCACAAGUUGAAGCUUGUCUUGGGCUCAAUGUUACAAUAACAAUUCCGAGAGCUCUAAAUACCAAUUAUUUAUGUCAUUCCUAAUUCACUCCUGGCGUGAUAUGUGUGUACCUGUGUACUUUUUAUCCGUGUGUAGGUAUAUAUUGAAUCUAGUGUAUUCUACCUUUACUUUCAUUCAUUAGUUCAUAUAUAAAAUUCAUGCAUGAAUAUAAUUUAUAGCAUUUUGAAUGGUCAUAAUUCUGCAUUGUACCUUCAUAUUGUGAUUUGUUAAGGAAUUACUUAGUCCAUAGGAUUAUUAUUAUUAUUAUUAUUAUUAUUAUUAUUAUUAUUAUUAUUGUUUGUACCAGGGAUUGAACCCAGGGGUGCUUAACC